CAUUCCCUAUCACUCGUAGAUGACGGUGCAUUAACGGGUCGAUACAUAUUUCCCCGGAGAUCAACACCGUUGUGCUGGUGCUUCUGCUGCCGGUGGGUGCUUGUGUUCCUAAAGUAUGCUCCAGAUUAAACAGGUGCACCCGGGUGCACCUAUGCUGUGGCGGCGAAGAAGUGUUGUGUAAUCGUGCACACUACACUCGGAGGAAUGCUGCAACGCAAUCGAGCUGCACUACGCUAUAAAAGCGUCAAACUCUGGCGAGCGCUUGAAGGGCUUUCGUAUUCCUGUACCAAGAGCAGUGUAGUGAGUUCUUUUCAAAGUGAAGCAUGUUGCCCAAAGCAGUUCUUGUGCUUAUGCUAGUGUGCAUCAGUGGAUGUCUCGCGAGACCCGUACCCGACUCCUUGGACUAUCUCCCAACACUGGAGUACCUUCGAGCAGUGCUUCGUUUUAGCACAUACUCCCUUGCAGACGUGGAAGUGGACACAACCCUUCCACUUGAUUUCGAUGUUGCUCGAGCCCUAAGCAAUGUCCGCCAAUCGCUUUCCAAUGCUCAAGAAGCAGCGGAGAAGGUCGUCGAAUUUCUUCAAGCGAAGGACACCUUCAGUGACAUGCAAUCACUAGGCGAAACUCUUCAACAGUUGCAUCAAAGCUUGUGGGGUCUGGAUUUCCACUAUCCCGACUACUUCCAGAAGGAGAACGCCUUCCAAGAGAAGGAAAUCCUCAAUCACACCGAGAGUGUGCAUUUGGCGCGGGUAGAUUUCAGCAAAGAAACACUCCAGUUCAAUGAUCUGCGUGAGAUCAAUAGCUUUCUGUCAGAGGCCACCGGUCAAGCGAUGUCUGUGACAGUGACAGUACUUCUGCUUUCCACUGUGGAGAAGGUACAAUACUAUCUCAAGGUGAUACUACUGCCAACCAGCAUGGAAGCAGAGGAGCUAAAAAAUCUUCAAGACAUCAACCAACUCGUACGAUCGUAUCAUCAGCUUUAUGGUGGCGCUCUAAACAGUGCAUCGAAUCGCUAUCUCCGGGAAGUCGCCGAGGGGGCACAACAGCUUCAAUCGAUGAUUCGCUCAUUGGACUACCCGGGGGAAGAUCUUAAGAAAGCAGUCACCGAGUUUUCUAACCAAGUGGACAACUUCUUCCAGACCGCGCUCGCUGAACUACAGACGAUAGAGCAAAACGUUGACGAUCGGUUUGCGGAAGUCUUACAGAACAUAUUUUACACAUCGUACGGGCUGGUAUCCUCGGGCAUGGGAAUGUUGCGGCCCUAUGUACAGCACAUUCAGUGCGUGCGAGAACUUGUACCACGUGCCCAAACGGUGGCCGGAGUAAGCUUGAUGUCUGUCUCGCUGUGCUCGAACGAAGCAACGAUCCCGCUGUACAAUGCAACGAUGGUGUAUCACGAGAAAAUAAGUCAACUUCAGCAUCAAAUCUUUGAACAACUCGAAAAUCUGGAAGCUUGUACUAAGCUGGAUACUGGAAGAUGUUCUUCGGUCUAUGAUGAGACACUGGGUGUCGUAAACGCACACACGGAUGUGGUGAAAACCUAUAAGGUCAAUUUCGAACCAUACCGGGUACAACUGUUCGGAUGUCUUACCUCAAGAUACGAAAUCGAGAUGGCAAAAGUGUUGGAUAUGUCUUACAAAUUUGACAAGUGUGUCAAGACAACCAAGUAGAGUUGAUCCUGUUCAGCUUUCUCAAUGCAUCAGACAAAAAAAAUACUAGCUUAAUAAAUGACUAUA